AUGCCCGCGCCCCGACGGAAAAAUCUGCUCGCAAGCAGACGGCGGCGACAAGACGAAGGAGAGGAAGAAGGAUCUAUCCUCGGCGAUUUUGAGGAUGACUCCCUGAGUGAGGGCUCCGCAGUCACUAAUGGUGAGGAGGAAGGAGAAUUCGAAGGAAGUGAGUCUAGUGGAGACGAGCGAGACCAGGUGCAGGCAACUACAACUGGUGCAACGGCGCGAGGUCAAAGUGGCCGUGCUGCUGUGAUAUCUCAGGAUGAUUCCACAAAGCCUAAGAGUGUCUUUGCGCCCUCGGCGGAUACCGAAGCCAUGUUGCAUGGGUUGAGUCAAGCUCAGCAGUCGCAAGAGAUGGAACGGCUGCAAUUUGACAAUCUGCCUGAUUCGAUGGAUUCUGGUGCUGUUGAAGCUGUUGAAGCUUUUGCUGCUCCUCCGAAAGCUUCUAGGCAGGAGACUAUAGCACAGCGCGCUCGCAGGGAGCAUCAAGAGUACGUCCGCCAGAGGAAUGCAAAUCCCGCAUUCGUACCUACCAGGGGCGGGUUCUUCCUUCAUGAUGACCGGAACUCGUCCUCCAUCGGGCUGAACACCAGACCUCUUGGACGAGGUAGGGGUCGGGCAUAUGGGCCUGCAAUGAGCACAGGACGGGGAAUUGGUUUCAACGAACCGACAGACAAGCCUUGGGCGCACGAUCUCCAUGAGCUGCACGAGAACAAGAUGAAACCAGCGCAGCAAGAAACCAGACCAAUUCCUGUGGUGGCCGAAACUGAGAAGGACCAGAACAAAGUCAAAGCCACUUCAACAGCUCCGAACAGAUCCUUUUCGUUCACGUCCAUUCUGGGUAAUGUCAAUGUCCAAAUAUCACUCCCAGGCAUGGCCGAGAAAACAAAGGUGCCAAAUGUCGUUAAAAAGCAUCACGUUUUGCUUCCGCAGCAUCGUCCUCCAUUGAGGAGGGACAAGCCCGUGCGCGUCUCAAUCCCAGAUGCAGCACCACGGUACAUCUUUCCUAGCGCAGACCGGUCCUUCAUCUUCAUUCCGCGGGCUCUGCGUCCCAACCAGCCGGGAUAUACACGCGGCCGUGGUAGAGGCAGCUUCCACGGCAGCCGCAGACCGAGUAUAUAUGGGGGAGGCUAUACUCCGAGUGUUGCUAUGAGUCGGAAAUCUUCCAUGGGGGCAUCCACCAUGCGAGAAGGCAUCAAAUCACCUACCGACUCGGUGAUCUCUCGCCCAGCGGCAACCGGCAAUGAGAGCAGUCGGCCUGUGGUCCGCAUGCCGUCCGGGGCGCCUACGCCAUCUCUGUCGAGGACUGGGCUGCCGAUAAUGAACGGCCACGUCCCCAUGAAUGCCGCACCGACACAAAUGCACGCGCCUGCGAUGUAUGGCAGCCACUCUGCAGCCAUUCCCAUGCACCAACCGCGCCCCCAGAAAACAGUCUCCGUGGCACAUAUCGAAUCGCCGGCCGCCUUCCAUUUCAAAGCUCCUCAACAGCAGCAAGAAAUACCGUUUCACCAACAAGUACCCGCCCAGGUCUCCAACUUUUAUCUGGAAGACAAGACUGCCGCUCAACCUGGCCAACCGACAAUGUCUGGAAUGGCCGGAGUGGCGCCUCUCUCGCAGAUACCUGAAGGAGCGGUCUUCGCGCCAGGCUUUCAGCCAUACCCAGUCAUGGGCGCCGCUCCGUAUUUCGGGGCACCUUACAGCAAUGGAGCCGUCUUCUACCCACCCGUUCCAGGAACCAGCUCUUUUGGAGUUCCAAUGGCAGGCCCAGCACUGGCACCCAGCUUUGUUCCCGGUUCGCAAUCGCACCCGAUAAACUAUCUGCCUGCCACAGGACCUACGGAAAGCAGCACGCUGGCGCAUGAGUCGAACGGCAUGGUCUACUACUACAACCCGACAAUGUUCACUCCUGGCGCUCAGAGUGGAAUGCAGCAAUUCCCCAUGGCUCCCAACGGAAACAUGAUGCCACUGGGCAACGGGAUGCCGUCCCAGGCUCCCUAUUACUACUCUUCUGCCCCCACUGGCAUGUUCUACCCAGCGCAGUCUGGUUGA